AUUUACCAGACUAAAAUUGGAAAAUAUAACAGUUGGAAAGUUCUGUCUGUGAAAAAGUAAAGAAUGAACAACAAUAAUUGGUGCUGCCGAGUGCUCAUCGGUCUUGGGAGUCCCUCCCCAGAUUUUGAGCUUAAAGGAUCUCCAGUGAGCUUAGAGGUGUCUAUAAUGAUUAGACAACGACCCCUAAUCGAUAAAGCCCUAUGCUCAAUGUUCAAUUUAAAAGCAUCCACGGAGUUCCUUUCUUUCCUAGUCUGGGGCUAUCACUGUGCUAUUCAUCACACUCAUGGAGCCAGUUCUGCUGACUUAUAUAAAUUUAAUGACCAAUAUGGUCACAGCCUUCAAAAAGAAGAAAAGAAAAAAUAUAUAAAACUCUAAAACAGUUAUCAAGCACUUUGAGUCAAUCAAAACAUAGCAACUUGUAUAAUUUGUUUAUAAAUUUGUUAAAACCCUUAUAUGAAUAGCUACUAAGUAUUUUUGUAUAGUAAAACUAUAUAAAACAUGUUUAAUCCAUUA